AUGGACGAGGAAGAGUCGUUUGCACGCCUCCUCUCAGCGUCCACCCCGGCCCCUCGCCCAACCCUCUUCCCCUCGGGGUCUGCCGGCGCCGACCAAGACCCAUGGGCCAACCCGUUCGGAGCCACCAGCGGCAGCGGCGCCGGCGGCGGUGCAGGAGGAGCGUUCGGUAACACGAUGGACGACGCUUGGGGCGCCAGCACCAUCCCUUCCAUACCCGCCGAUCCCACCCCAGCCGCUACUGCUACGUCGCCUGCAGCCGGCCAGCGCGAGCGUUCGCCUUCGCCAGCAUUUGGCGGGGCCGCGGGCGAUGAGCGUCCCGACCCGCCUUCAGUGAUUGCUGCGCGCGAGCGCCAGGAGCUCGCGGCAGCCACCGGAGGCGGUGGUGGGUUCGGUGGCUCGUCGUCGGCUGGCUGGGGCGCCUUUGACGACCCGUAUUCUAGCACCACGGCCGGAUGGUCGCCCCCGCCCAAGGCGACGUUUGGGCCGCAGAGCCCGACGUCGCCGACACGCAGCAACCGGGGGGCCCACUCGCGCCAGACGUCCGGCGCGGCCAGCCAGCUCGGAUCGCCGACGUCGCCCAAGACCGCCAAGGCCAGUGCUGCCGCCGCGGCCGCCGCCGGUGCGUCGCGCGCUCUGCCUGCUGGUCUCAUCGAUGAAGAGCUCCUCGCCGAGCAUGACCCGCGUGCCAGCCUCACGCGCGCGUUUGUAAAGUCGGCUCCCGUCGCGGCACCGCCUGCCUCUGGCCCUGUCGCCCCGCAGGCGCACCCCACACCCGAGAAGAAGGUGUACGUCUUCAAGCCCAGGGCUGCUGUCCAGCACGAGAUCGAAAGGGAAAAGCCGGCCGCUGUACGCUCCUCGGACCCCACUGCAGUGCCCCUCCCGGAAUCGGCGGCCGUGACUCCCGCCACCUCGCGUCCUGCCACGCCCGCCGUGUCGUCGCCGCCAGCCUCUAGCACCCUUGCCCCCGAGUCGGUCGAACACCUGAGCGUGUCCCCGCUCGACACACCGGCGACCGAGACAGACUUUGGAUUCCGCUCGCUUGCGAUCGGCGGUUCUGGCGCGUUGGCGGCGUCGAACGGGUCGCCUGGCGCUGCCGCGACGCGCUUUGGCGGACGUGGAUGGGGUGCCGUGGACGCCGAGGAGACGCCGCUCUCUGGCGAUGCCGACGGCGCAGACCCGUGGAACGAGGGCGGUAGUGGAGGAGGUGGCUGGGGCGAGCCCGCAGUUGCCGCCCCGGCGCCGAUGGUGGACACGGACGUGGCGACUGAAAGCGAGCAAGUCGACGACGCGCCCACGCCGUCGCCGUCGCAAAUGUCCCCGAGCGCCUCGUCGUCGCGUGGCAGCCCACGCCGCUCCAAGCUUCUCUCCACGCCCCUCUUCCAGAUCUCCGUCUCCGACCCGACCAAGGUCGGCGACCCCGUCCGUGGCCACGUUGUGUACACUGUGCGCACCAAGACCACAUCCCCCCACUACCGCCGCGGCGAGUUUAGCGUCUUGCGCCGGUUCAGCGAUUUCUUGUGGCUCUACGAGUCGCUGACGUCCAACAACCCGGGAGUCAUUGUGCCCCCCGUUCCCGACAAGCACGCGUUUGGCAGGUUCCAGGACCAAUUUAUCGAGACUCGCCGUGUGGCCCUCCAGCGCUGCCUGACCAAGAUCACCGCCCACCCCAUCCUCCAACUCGACCCGGACCUGCGACUGUUCCUCGAGAGCGACACGUUUGCGCUCGACGUCAAGAACCGCCGCAUGACGCCCGCAGAGGGCACGACCUCGUCGGGCUUCAUGUCGUCGUGGACUGGACCCCGCUACAUCGAGACGGACGAGUGGUUUGACCAGCGUAAACUCUACCUCGACCACCUGGAGGGCCAGCUCAAGGGACUGUCCAAGUCGCUCGAUAUCGCCAGCAAGGCGCGUCUCGACAUGGCCACGUCCAUGGGCGAGUUUGCAGACACGGCCGCGGUGCUGGCCGAGAGCGACCUGGGAGCAGCCAUGUGUGCCGCCCUCGGCCGUCUCGCCGACCUCGCCAGGCGGGAACGCACCACGGGCGAGGACCAGGCCAAGGCCGACGUCGGGCAGCUGCUCAACCUCGCGGAAGAGUAUGUCCGCUUCAUCGCCAGUGUGCGGCUCGCCUUUGCGUCGCGCGUGCGCGCGUACCACGCCGCCCAGGCCGCCGACAAGGAGGUCCAGCGCCUCAGGAAGCAGCGCGAGAAGGACAGGGUGUCCGGCAAGCCGCCCGCGUCGACAAUGCACGAGCUGGGAGAGGCCGAGCGACGCGCCCGCGAUGCCGGCGCCGACUUUGACGCCCAGUCCAAGCUCGUCAAGACGGAAUUCGCGCGGUUUGAGCGCGAGCGCGUCGACGAGUUCCGCAAGACGCUCCUCGCGCACCUGGACGGCCAGAUUGAGCGCCAGCGCUCGCUCGUCACCGCAUGGGAGGAGUACCAUGCCAUGCUGCUCAAGAUGGUGCAGCGCGCGCAGGCGCACCAGCAGGCGCAGGUGCAGGCCCAGGCCCAGGCUCAGGCUCAGGCGCAGGCGGCGUAG